GACAUUUUUGACCCAGAAAUCUGCGGUGUAAUUUUUACGGAAGAUGCCAAGAUGGACUUUGAAUACAUGAAGAAUUCCGAGUCCUCAGUUUGGUAAUUCUCAAACGGAUUGAUGAAAACAAAACGAUGACAAGUUGUGGUCUACAAUCCUUAAAUACGCUGAUGGUUGUUUUCUCCUUGCUCUUGCCAGCAGCUCUGUCCACACAUUUUCGAGUCUGUGAGCCAUAUACAGACUACAAAGGCCGCUCCCAUUUUGGAUUCCACUGUCCGCGUCUUUCUGACAAUAAAUCGUACAUCUUUUGCUGUCACCAUAACAACACGGUGUUUAAAUACUGCUGUAAUGAGACGGAGUUUCAGACUGUUAUGCAGAUGAACCUAACGGGGAAUGCAGAUGGAUAUAUGCACAAUAAUUACAGUGCGUUGUUAGGCGUCUGGAUCUAUGGGUUUUUUGUUGUGGUUUUGCUGGUACUGGACCUUUUGUAUUACUCCUCGAUGAACUACGAUAUUUGCAAACUGUACCUGGCAAGAUGGGGAAUCCAGGGGAAAUGGAUGAAACCGGAAGCAAGCCGGUGGAUUAAACCUGCUCAGGACCCGAGACAAGUACAGGCUCAGUCUCAGCCUACGCCUCAAACACUGCAGGCAGUACAUGCUUUAAAGGCAGAAGCUUUAAACCCGCCACUGAUGUCUUUUCCGAGCUCAACUGCCUGAAAAAUAUUUUGAUGUGCCUCAAGAUGGGAGAGGUAAGAUUACAGUCCAAGAAGAGCGGCGGCUUCAGUCCCAGAAGGGGGGAGAAAUCUUGAGUGAAUGAUGAAAGAAAAUGACCCAACCAAGAGGUGGCGUGUAGUCUACUGGAGAGCCUGGAGAGAACCAUCACUGUGUCAAGUGGGUGGCAAGGAGAAAUGGAUGUGAGAAAAUGGCAUGCAAGCAAUCCCUGUGAAGAACAUUGCUUAUUGGGGAGAGACAAAGCUAUUGUGGGGGGUGCUUAUUGAAGUGAAAAACAAGUUGCUCUAGUCGAAAUCCAAGCUGACAAAAGGCAUAGACUACAGAUAUGAACCUUUGGUAGAUAUGCUUUAUUUGCCUCCCCCAUCCAUUAAAUUGGUAUUUGAGCCGA